AGAAAGAAAAUAAGAAACAGAGAGAGGAAAGAGAAAUUGUUAUGGAUUACUCCCGUAUAGAUAACGACGACGACGGUGGAAAAAACAUGCAGCCGGCGGCGGCGGCGGAGAUGAUAAGCUCUGAUCUAGAAGUCGUCUUAUCUGACAUCACCACCACCCGCAUCCACCGCCUUAGAAAAGCCACCGCCAUAGAACUAAAAACCCUUUUCCGGUUAGCAGCUCCGGCCAUAGUGGUCUAUUUACUAAACAACGUCACUUCCAUGAUCACACAAAUCUUCUGCGGCCACCUCGGAAAUCUCCAACUCGCCGCCGUCUCCCUUGGCAACAACGGCAUCCAACUCUUUGCCUAUGGCGUUAUGUUAGGAAUGGGAAGUGCGGUGGAGACACUAUGUGGACAAGCAUUUGGAGCAAAUAAGCAUGACAUGCUUGGUGUAUAUCUUCAAAGAUCAAUCAUUCUUCUCACUUUAACCGCUAUACCUCUCACCAUUAUUUACCUUUGUUCUAAACCAAUCCUUCUUCUCCUUCACGAAUCAUCUGAUAUCGCUGGCGCCGCUGCCCUUUUCCUCUACGGUCUCAUCCCUCAGAUCUUCGCCUACGCUGUUAAUUUCCCCAUCCAGAAGUUCCUCCAAGCCCAGAGUAUAGUGUUGCCGAGUGCGGUGAUAUCGGCGGCGACACUUGUGGUGCACACGGUGCUGACGUGGGUGGUGGUUUAUAAGCUCGGGUGGGGAUUAUUGGGGGCGUCGUUGGCGCUAAGUUUCUCUUGGUGGGUGGUUGUGGUUGCGCAGUUUGUAUACAUAUUGACUAGUAGUAGAUGUAAGGCCACUUGGACAGGGUUCAACAUACAAGCAUUUACCGGUCUUUGGGACUUUCUAAAGUUGUCAACAUCCUCGGGUGUUAUGUUGUGUUUGGAGACUUGGUACUAUCAAAUCAUUGUCUUAGUUGCUGGUUUGCUCGAUAAUCCUGAGAUUACUUUGGACUCUCUUUCAGUCUGCUUCACUAUAACUGGUUGGGUAUACAUGAUUUCAGUGGGAUUCAAUGCAGCCGCUAGUGUAAGAGUAAGCAACGAGCUUGGAGCUGGGCAUCCGAAAUCGACUGAGUUUUCGGUGGUGAUAGUAACACUGAGCUCACUCUUCAUUUCGACAUUAUUGGCCAUUAUCGUUUUCAUUUUUCGAAACUACAUCAGUUACAUUUUUACCGAAGGCAUAACUGUUUCAAACGCGGUCGCAGAUUUAUCCCCUUUCUUGGCCUGUUCCAUUAUACUCAAUGGAGUUCAGCCUGUUUUAUCUGGGGUAGCUGUGGGAUGUGGAUGGCAAACAUUUGUAGCAUAUGUAAAUUUGGGUUGCUAUUAUGUAAUUGGUCUUCCCUUGGGUAUUAUCCUUGGUUUUCCAUGCAAUCUUGGUGCUAAGGGAAUUUGGUCAGGGAUGAUGGGAGGCACUAUAUUACAGACUAUUAUAUUAAUAUGGGUUACAUAUCGCACCAAUUGGACCACAGAGGUGGAGAAAGCUAAGGUUCGUUUGGAUACAUGGGAGGGAAGAAGUCGGGAGGAGUCGGAGGAGCCUCUUUUAAAAGGUUGAUCAUACACAGCCUUAAUGACCAUGUCUUCUUUCUUCUUCCUUUCCCAUUUGCUCCAUUUCAAUUUCUUUUUUUUUUUGUAUUUCAUUUAUCUUUAAAUAAUCCACAAGUACUACCUCAUAUGUUUUUUCUUUAAUCAAGAUUUCAUCAAAAAUGCAAAAUUGGUAUCUAAGUAUAAAACCAAUGUAUAAGUUAUAAGUUAAAAAUUUGUUAU